AGGCGAGCAGUGAAAGCAGAAAACAGUGUCUCCAAAUUGAAGGCGGAGCUUCAGCAGCUCCAGGUGGAGGUGGACGCGCUGCGAUCGGAGAACAACAACCUGAAGACAGCAGAGUCCCAGGUCGUCAUGACGAUGAGACAAAACGCUCAGGUGGCGUCCAAGUACCUGAGCAAGACUGCAAGCCACGCCCACUCCUCCAUACG